UGUGGCAUUUCGAAGCUCUGACAAUCUGCUCCAAAUGUUUUCCAUAUUUGUUCAGCCUCCUUGAUUCAAAUACCAGGAACAACUCAGCCAGCACAAAGCGAAGCUUUGGGGGGCAAAAAAACUCACACCCCCAUCAGCGCGCGCACACACACACGCACGUGAGAACCUAAAGUUCAUCGGCAUGGGAAAGGAGGAGGAGAAGAAACCCCAGCACAGCACGUCCCUGAAUAACCAGAGCCAGACAGGGAAGGCACCCGAAGGGGAGAAAAGCACCGACUCGAGCAAGACGCAGGAGUCCGCGAUGAAGAAGAAGAAGAAGCAGAAGAAAACCAAGGGGGAUCCCAAAACUGGCCAGGAGGAGGAAUCCCACACUUGUUGUGGCUGCCGUUUCCCGCUGCUGUUUGCUUUGUUGCAGCUGGCAUUAGGCAUCUCUGUAACAGUGCUGGGCUUCCUUAUGGCAGGCAUCAGUUCUUCUCUGCUAGUCAGAGACACUCCAUAUUGGGCUGGGAUAAUUGUCUGUGUGGUGUCCUUAGUGGGAUUUGUUAUGCUUUGUAUUUCGUACCAACCUGAUGAGAAGACGUGUGUGCAGUUCACAGUAAAGCUGAUGUAUUUUCUCCUGAGUGCCCUGGGUCUGGUUGCCUGUGUUUUGGCAGUGGCUUUUGCUGCACACCAUUAUUUGCAGAUGACAAAAUUUACCUGCGAUACCAUCCUCGAGUCCUGCCAGUGCAAACUGGACACUGCAGACCCCCUUGGUAGGACCUUCGUCUACCAGGACGCAGGUGACUGUGGCAGCCUCACCAGCAUGCUUAACCUGUACUUACUUCUGCAGAUGGUUCUCAAUCUGAUCGCAGCCCUGGUGUGUCUGUCGGCAUGCUUCGUGAUGUGGAAACACAGAUACCAGGUCUUUUACGUGGGCGUUCGGUUCUACCCUUUAACUGCUACUGAAGGCCAGCAACAGAAAGUAUAGGGUCUGGGCUGGCGGGGGGCUGUAGCCAGGGAAUGGAAAAUGUCAGCAUACUGCCACCAUAGACACCACGGAUGGAUGAGUGUUUAUAAGGUUUUUGACAAGGGAAAAACAUUUGCACAGUUUCAAUGAAUAUAUUUUUCAAUUAUUUUAAGAGCAUUUUAUAUGACUGCUCUUGCAAAAGGUCUCUUGUGAGAUUAUAUAGACGUCACAAAGUCCUAAAGAUGCAGCUGUACAAUACUCACCAAAGAGGAUCUUUAAUAGCCAUAGACAAAAUGAGAGCUUAGAAAAUCAUUGGGAACUCAUCUGCAGGGCUACAGCCGCUAAGAAAUAGGGUGCAUUUCCCUCGCUGGUAGAUAUCUGUUCUUGCCUUCGGAGAAGCUAUACCAAUUUCUACCAGAUAAAGAUCUGGUCCAAACUGCUUAAUUAUAAUCAUGCUGAUCGUGCUUAGGGAAUAUAUUGUCUCUCGGAUGCUCUGGAUAUAAUCCAUGCUAACCUGAUGGGGAUUCUCCAUAUGGAAAAGUAAUUAGGAAGGUCAAGACCUCUUCAAAUACAGGUUGAGACCAACAGCAAAGUGAAUAUCUUGACAACUGCCAUAUAAAAUAGACAUAAGAAUUUUCAGAGUGACUAAUGAUAUAGGUUACCUAAUCCAAUUACUAAUAAACAACAAUAUAAGUGGGUUGACUGAUGGUGAUUUGGUGGGCCCUGCUUGAGACCCCAGGCAGAUUUCUGAAGUAUGAACACUCGGCACUUUGUAAGAAAAGAUCAGUUUAAGAAACCUUGAGCUACUCUCCUAAAGUGGAGGACCCUAAAUCACUAGUCACGUUAAAAACUAUGUUGACAUUGCUGUAAUUGCAGGCUCCCAAAGCCGGCGUCUAGCCAGUUCCACCAAUUAUACUCCAAGCACAAAAGGCCAAAUGCAUUUUUGGUGUAACUGCUCUGAAGACAAUCAGCCUUACACACCAGCAGUGGAGUUGGGCCAACAGCCCUGAAAGAUAUAUCCCCGCAACAAUGAAUGUUUUUAAAAUGGGGUGGAGGGAGGGAAGCAAGAAGAGACUGCCAGUCUCCCAAAGACAUCAUUUAUUAUGAUGAGGUCAAAACCAUAAUGAUUUCUUAAUAAGCAGCAUAGAAUAACAAAACACAUUCAAACAGUGCUUUUUCACCCUGAAAGUGUGGCUCUAGAAGUGCUUUAAGUCUUAUUAGCCUUAUACUGAGACAAGUGUGUUGGUUUGUCCCUCGAGCUGUCAUUUCCACUUGCACAGCAUGGACUUGUAAAUGUAGGAGCAAUUCUGAAUCGGCAGCGUUUUGCACUGCCUGCCAAUAUAUAUCUGUGCAAGGGCAAGGCAGUUGGUGCUCACACCCUGCCAUGACUAGGGAUUUCCCGAUCCCGGCCAGAGCAAGGGUGUUUCUGAGGUGGGGUGGAGCAAUCACAUGCCAGAAAAACUGCGCCAUAAUCAUUAGCAAGGAGGAAGCAAAUAAAAUUUCUAUAAGGCUUCAAAGAAACAAAAACUUUCUGUUUCUGCAGCAAAAAUAGCCACCAGGAAGUCAAAAACCCAGUCUGGCAAAAAGCUAGUUGUCUUAAGUAGCUCUAAUCCUACCCCAAAACUGUCUUCCAUAUGGUGAUCACACAUCACCCCAGGGCUAGACCAGCAUACCUCCAGGGUCAGAAGAUCACAGCGUAGUUAAGUCUCCUGUGGUCCGCCUAGAGCGCUGCUUGGUGUACACGCUCAAGUUUUUGUCAUGGAAAGUGCUUCUAGAGUAGACAGCGUCACCAAGGUGCUCUCUGCCAAGCCGCAAAGUGAGGAGCUUUGGAAAAUGAAGGUUUUUGAGACCAGCUUCCAAAUGGCCUUUUUUAUGCACCUACAAAUAACAGUCACUAGUAAGCGUGGCCGCGGGGCACAUUUGCAAGGGUGCCCGUUCGCUUGCCUACACGUGGCCACCCGUCCAAAGUCCUAAGCCUGGCUCCCAGGCAUGCUCGGAGCAAGCUGAGACAGCAGCGGAGCGUGCGGGCAGGUUGGCCAUGUAAGACCCGGCUGCCGGCAUCGGCGGUGCCAUCCGCGCGGUGGCGGGAACCAGCCCGGGUCCCCCGACCCCGGCGGAGCGUGCCGCGAGCAGUGCUGGCGGACCUGUGCCCGGGCCAGCCUCCCGUAGGAGAUGGGUCCAUAGCGGUGCCUCUCGCUUGCCGCUCGCACUUAGAUAUUGGUUUGUCCCCCAUCCCUCGCGCGACUCCCGCUGUGCUCUCUGCGGGAGCGUAGGGCGGAGGACAUACCUUCCGCCCACCUACACGACCCUUGCCGCGCCGGCUCCUCCCUACGGCCAAAACUGCGGGCUCUCGUCUCCGCAAAGAAGAUAACGAGAAGCGGGAAAGGGAUCGAGGGGAGGCUGAAGGACAGCUCGGCUUUGGGGCUUCCUCCCGCCCUCGCCGCCAGGCGCUGCGCCCCGACAGCUGGCAAAACAAGAGGAAGGCUCUGCUGGCAGAGCAGGGCAUGUUGUCCCACCCUGCCUUUUCCUUGUUGUUCAGAAGAUAACUUGGUCUGCAGAGCUCUAGCUUAGGCUGUGCUGCGUGCAGGCUGGCAGCAGCGAGCUGUUGUGGGAGACGGCUGGGUGGCCUCGGCCGAGCGGCAUUUCCACCAGAGCCGGGCUUUUGUCCCCUUAAUCCUUUGACCUCGGUCUCACCCACAUGUUUUCACUCCCUGUCUCCCAUCACCUCCCAGGCACUGGGCUCCCAGAGGCCAGCCCCCGUUAGACGGGGCUGGGCUCGCGUUGCCUGGCCUCUGCCUACUCACCCCCGGGCUUAAAUUUGCUGGGACUCCUCUAGAGCUCGAAAGACGCGGCGGUGAUGGUCACAGAGUCACUGAAAAUGCCUCCAGCGUGGCGACGGGGAAGAGAAGGAAGGUCUGGAUAAGAGAGCCUGCUCCGCUUAGCAAGCUGUGCACCUCCGUACCAGCGCACCCUCCGCUUCGAGCCACCGCCGCUGAGUUCAGUUCACUAAUCAGAGCCUUGCAGCUUAACCUUUGCUCUGGAAGAAAGCAAUAUUCAUCAUAUAUUCUGUCGGUAUUUUAAUGCUUAAUGAAUAAAUAUGGGGCAUUUUGAUCUAGCAAAGACUAACUUCUGUGUUUCCUCUUUAUAUAUCUCAAGAGCAUAAAAUCAGAACAGGAGAGAUGGGGAAAUGGACACGGUAGCAUUUGGAACCGGUUUCCCCCGGGUAUGGUUUUACAACAUGCGUUUUGCUCAGAUCAAGAAUUUUGGAAAGUACUGUUUAAAGGAUUUUCACCUACCACAGCAUACUCAGGCAGCUCCCAGCCUUUUCCCGGCGUCAGAGUCCACACAGACUGUACCAGGAGAAAGACUGGGACUAAAAGGCUUGGAAAGGACAGAGGUGUUGAAGAAAAAAACAGGUUUUUUUAAGUCCUGGAAAUUUAUUCUCUGGGUGAAUUCCGCAGAAAGGGGUAGGAUUAAACCACUAUGGACACACAGAAUUUGCGAAGGGCUCAGUGUAAUUUACUCUCACAAACCCAGGUGUGAUUCUCAUUUGCACCCUGGCCACUUUACACUGUUUUCCCAGUGUAAAGGGGUUGUAAAGACGGCAUCAAUCAUUUUUACACCUACUUUAUGGCCAUUUUACACAGCUAAAAGGGCCCUUUGUGUAAAUGAGUACUCAAGCCCUAGAGGAUUUAAUAGAGAGGAGAUCCUUUCUAUAGACUGCACUAGACCCUCUAAUAGGGUCUAUUACUGGGAUAUAACUCUCUGCAGGAUUUUAUAGCUUGGCUUAAAGAUCAUCGGUCUUGAUUAAAUUCAGUUCUGCAAAACUUUUCCAAAGGCCGUAACCCCUCUGGUGACAUGCCUGCUCCUCCACCCCCGAGCACACGCAAACAGUGAUGGUGUUGCAUGGAUAACUGCUUGUUUUUUAAAAGGAGAAGCAGCAGCUACCACUUUCUUCUGGCUCUGAGGCAUUUUGAUGUGAUGCUAUGCAAAUACCGGAGCGACAAUAACGGCAACGAAAAGGGAACCGAGACAUGGCGCCUUACACGGAGCCAAAAUGUCACAUUCUCAACCCCACCGGGCACCGAGGUGGCACCUGCUCCGCACGGGGGGGGGCUGCGCUUUGCGCCCCUCUCCCUUCCCCGCUGCCGCUGGAAGGGCAGGGGCCGGUGGGCGAAGGGGAAGCACCGCUGGGUGCUGGCCCCGUGCCGGGGCUGCCACCAGCCCACUCCUCCCGCCACCGCCUUCACGUGACGGCCAUCUGCGCCUUGCCGGCCCGGCCGGCUCUGCGUGGGCACCACUUGGAGCAUUGCCUAAAAAACAGCUCUGCGCAAGAGCGCUGGAAACUGUAAUCAACUCGCAGGACUUUUUUUUUUUUUUUUUUUUUUUCACGCUACCAGCCAGUGCAAUAUUUGCUUUGGGGGCCUUUCGAAACAGAAAGCACGCUGCUGGCGUGUGAGAGAAGCCACAGUUCAGGUCCUCUAUAUUUAGAAAGCCAGGAUGUCAUACCUCCCCUUGAAAUUUUCAUAGUCCCCUGCACCCCACCCACCCACACACGUACACAUGCUUGCGUCUGGAAAAUGUUUUUCGGUCUUAGCAAAGGGUGUUGGCUUAGGGGGAUUCAAGGGAGGUGCAGAGGAACAACAGCAGCUCAGUCCUGAGCGUGAAGCUGGAAGCCUCCUUAAGGCACUGGGCGGCAUGGCACUCGGUGGGGACCCACCGCUCCCGGUGGGCUCAGGCGGCCGAAAUCGAGGGUCUCUCCCGUUGUCGGCCAGUAACUUAAAUCCCGAGGCAAGGCCAAGUUUUUCUGAGAUGUAUGGAAGUCCUCUGCCACGUCACGUCAGGCCGCGCUGUACCCUCAGCUGACGAUGUCUUCCUGAGCUCAUUUUAAGUGGCCGUGCACGGGCUGUAGCACCUGUAGCCAGGGCUCCAAGAAGAUGCGUUUUGGUGCUAGCUUGUCCCAGGUCUCUGCACUUCCCCCCUCCCCAGGGAUUUUUGCUUUCUGCUUUGCUGCUGCCUCCUGCAAUCACUAAUCAGUAGCAUUUAUCCUCUCCUAAAUUGGCUCCGUAGUCAAAUACUAUAAAUGAUGAUUACAUCUACAAAGACCUUUUGGGUUUGGUACCUGAUUUCCAUGCCUUUGUCCAAGCAAAACGGUUGAAAGACUCAUCUAAACCUCAAACUUGUUUGGGGGGGGCUGGGAAUUUCUUUUUUCUAUUUUUUUUAAGAAGAUAUGGGCAAUGCAUAUGUCAUUUGUUACCAUAAAGCUUUCCCAACCCACAAAGCCAUCUUCGCAUUAAAACAUAGCCAUUAAUGCCUGCUCACAGCGACUGACUGCAGAGAGAGCAUGGAGCAGGCACCCACCAAAGCUCACAAAUGACUCCCCACUUCACCUGGGUGCUCCCAGGUAUUCCUGCCUGGCACGGGCAUCUGAGAGUCAGCUGCCGGACGCAAGUGGGAGCCCAGCCUGAGCCGAGAGAAUAAUCUGCAGAGGGUGAUUUGACUAUACACCUCUCCUUCAGUCAGAUGUAUUAUGAAUGACAAGCGCUGGACUGACCUCAAGUUAUGGGAGAUAUAGAGAGUGACACCGAUUAAGGCAGCCCUCGGCGUUAAGAGCCCUGGCUGUCCUGGGAAUUAGAUAUUUGAGCAAGACAGGUUUUUAACCCCAUUUCACUCUCUGUGGCUGUGUAAAGAGACCCCUGUUUUUAAAUAGCCCAAAGCUGACCGAAGAGGGAUUGCUUCUUACUUCAGUUUGGGAUUUCUCUUUCACCGAAACUAUGACAAGAGGAAGCGUUUGCCUGAUCUGUCCUCCAUCGGGCUGGCCGGGAGCAUCACUGCUGGAGCCGGAGCCGCACACAUGCAGAGGGGUGUGGAAGCCACCCUAAUGUCUUUUUGGGGACAUUUUCUUCCAGCACCACAGCUGCCAGUGCUGGCACACGGAGGGCAGGGGCAGCCAGUGCCCCAGAUCUGUAAUGUGCCCCAGCCAACCAAGCCCUGCAGCUAUCCCCAUUUAUACUGACAAUACUGGUCACCAGGGAUUUGGUGGGAUAGUUUAGGGAACAAUUGCGAUGAAAGUAAUAGAAAACAGACUUUUACACUUUCCCUUCCACCUUGCGAAUCCAAGCAGGCGAGCAGCACACAUGCGAGGGGAGCUGAUGGAAAAGCGAAAGCCUCCCGUCCCAUUUCACUGCCCAAGCCUGCCAAUGCACUGAGAGUGAAACAGUACAGAAAAUAAACCACCAUAAAUCAGGCACUGUAAACGCUUUGAGUUUUCAGGAUCCAAGGUGUCCUUAGGUCAGGAACGUGAAAAAAAGUGUAUUUGUAUGGUCUCCACCCUGCUGGUCUGAGUCUCCCAAACACCAGAGCGUUGCAUCAGAUGGGGACCCAGGCACCAGGCUUUUUUCUGAUAGAUUUUGCUGUCACCACAGAAAUUAAAUUUUGUAACCUGACUGGGCUGGGGGGUGGAGGCGGGCAGUUUACGGGCUGUACUCGUAUGUCCAUAUAUUCUGUUAAGUCUACAGUUUCCAGAUUCAGCAUUUUUUCUUGCAUACAAAAGGAAAUGCUAGAAUCUCAGCUUGCAAAAGUCUGCGCUUCUGAAUUAACAGGAGUUGCAUUUCCAAUUUGUUUCUAAUAAAACUUUUCUCACUCGCUCCA